GCGUCGCAGGACAGCAGGGGAGCUCCGUAAAAGGGCCCCUUUACGUGGAAUACUGGAAGGAGGUGCAGGCACGCCAACAACAACAGCGGCGAGGCGGCCCUGCACAAGCAGCGGCCCCUUCGACAGACCGUGAACGUCCGCAGCACUACAGAAUUCAUACGGAUGAGAGCCAAGAGGGGCACCACGUUGGGGAGCCCUCGCAGACAAGAGGCCCCAGAAGAAGAGAGGAUAUAGGUGGGCCAUCCUCCGGACCCUGGGAGUCCUGGAAGCAGCAGGAUUGGCAAACGGACUGGUGGCACCAGGACGAUGAGCGCUGGAGCUGGCGCAACCCAAGGGGGGAACCUGAACGUGCUGAUGAUCGGCGACCAGCAGAAGAGGAGCACUAUGAUGACGACUACAGCUGGUACGAGGAGAAAGAGGAGGCAAGAGAUGACAGGAGAGAAUCUCACAGCGAUGACUCCUCCUACGACCAGGACACGUCAGAACCGUCGCCGAUUCGCAAAGCCUCGGGACCACCGGCCUCCAAGAGAUCACGGAGCACCCAGGUCAGUGAUGAGUUUGUGCAAAGACAACAAGCAGGGAAGCCUGUCUCGGCGCCUCCUCCUGCGGAAGAUCUCUGCGCAAACCAGCUGGACAGGCUGCACAAAGUGGUCGAGCUCCUGGAAAAGCUCGCCAACGCGGGCCUCCCCACGCUGCUCCACGCCUUCUACAGAUCCGGCGACUUCACAAAACUCCACGAUGACUUUCAUCAGGGUGCUGCCACACAGGACUUCCCGAGGGUGGGUAACUGGAACCUAUCACUCGUGUGCUCACUGCCAAGCCCACAGCUGAGAGGUGUCUACGACAAUGCAGAGAAGUGUGGGACCUUCGUGGAAGCCUUCACAGUCUACUCGUCAAAACAGACACCGAAAGCCACAUGCAUGGCUUGGCAGCUUUCAGCACCUGGUGGUGCUGAUCACGGCUAUGAUGGACCAGUGCACACCGGUUACACGAAACCACCCCCAUCCCGCAACCGGGAGAAGCCGGAGCAGAAGACCUUCGCGGACUACACAGUGGCGGGCCUCGCGGAGACAGCGACGGCCAAGGAGGAGGCAAAGGUCCCAGAGACCCCACCGCCAGCUCUACCACUGCAGCUCCUCGACCAGAAGAUGGAGGUAGUCACCCUCGGGGACCCCUCCUGGUCUGUGACACAGGAAGUUGAGGAGUCGGGAACGGAGCACUGGGUGCGCAAGAACGGACAGCCGCGACUGGGCAUCCGCAUCAGGGAGGAUGGCUAUAUGGACAUGGGAGACCUCUUACGGGCCCCAAGGUUCUGGGACCAAUGGAUCACAGAGGCGGAGGUAGUUGGCGUCAUCCACUACAACCAGAAGAACAGGUUUGAAGUCGACUUCCGGGAUGGCCGCUACCAGGUCCGAGCCCUCCAGGGCCACUCCAUCCGCCACAUCAAAGAUGAUUUGAUCCUAACCCGGCUAUCCACCGAGGACACCCCGGUCUACGCGGCCCACGGAACGUACUACGACUUCUACGAGAGCAUCCUGCGCCACGCCUGA